GGGUAGAGAGUUCGAGCCCCGAGUCUGCCCCGCGACCGGGCGCUCCUCCUCCUCCUCCUCCUUGUCGUCCUCCUCUGCUACUCGGGAAGCGUCUAGAUUUCCCCCUCCCCCCCCUCCGCCCAACCUUCCUAAACCACCUUCCAGAUCAAUAAACCGCCCAACCACCUGAUCUGCUGUCCGCCCUCCUGACUCCUUCCUCCCUUUUUCCUCCCUCCGGCCUCUUGGGUUACAGCCCGAGGGAAACCCGGCGACUGGCUGGGGCGGGGGCUGCCCGGAGCCCGGGAGCCCGGGGCGAUGGAGCCGAGUCGGGGCUUCUGGGCGCGCUCGGCACCGAGCACUCCGGCGCCCCCUGGCCUCGGAGCACGGGGCCCAGAACAUCGCCAGCCUCUGUCCUUCCUGCCCCAAAUUUAAAAGUCAAGGGGGGGGGGGGUUUGACUCGGACCGACACCCCUCCUCUCCCAGGCCCCUCCCGACUCCCCCGCCCCAUGUCGGCUGCGGAGGCCGCCCGGUGCAGAGGCGGCGGCGGCCGAGGCCGAGGCAAACUGUGGGUGACGGUGCCUGUGGGGGACUUUGCCGCCGGUGGCCCAGGACGCCGGAGAGGGAGAACCGGCGACUCCCAUUCUCCCAUCCCUCCUCCACCUCCACCAUUUCCGAGACCACGCAGGGACGCGUUUUGGGGUCCCCGCUGACUGUUUGGGGGGGGUCCCACGAAGGACGCGCGCUCCUCGCAGCCCCCCAGCUCGGGCGGCCACCUGUCUUUGCCGCGGUGACCCUUCUCCCAUGACCCUGCGGUGCGUCGAGCCCUCCGGGAAUGGCGCGGAAGGGACACGGAGCCGGUGGGGCAGCGCGGGGUCGGCGGAGGAGCCGGUGCCCGAGGCGGCGCGCCUAGCCAAGGCCCUGCGGGAGCUCAGUCAAACAGGUUGGUACUGGGGAAGUAUGACUGUUAAUGAAGCCAAAGAGAAAUUAAAAGAGGCACCAGAAGGAACUUUCUUGAUUAGAGAUAGUUCACAUUCAGACUACCUACUAACAAUAUCUGUUAAAACAUCAGCUGGACCAACUAAUCUGCGAAUCGAAUACCAAGAUGGGAAGUUCAGAUUGGACUCUAUCAUAUGUGUCAAGUCCAAGCUUAAACAGUUUGACAGCGUGGUUCAUCUGAUUGACUACUAUGUUCAGAUGUGCAAGGAUAAGCGCACGGGCCCAGAAGCCCCCCGGAAUGGCACUGUCCACCUUUAUCUGACCAGACCGCUCUACACAUCAGCGCCAUCUCUGCAGCAUCUCUGUAGACUCACCAUUAACAAAUGUACCGGUGCCAUCUGGGGACUGCCUUUACCGACAAGACUGAAAGAUUACUUGGAAGAAUAUAAAUUCCAGGUGUGAGUGUUUCUCUCUUUUUCUUAACACGCCUUGUGUAGAAUAUCUCCAAAUGCAGCUAUAUGUAAAAAAAAAAAAAAAAAGAAGAGAACCAAAACUUGACUGCUCUCAAUAACUAUAUGGAAUUCUAAGUACAGCUGAAGUCAAUCUAAUUUAAGUGUGUGACAAGGUAGCUAGGUAUUUAAAGCCUCCUUCACCCCCACCCCCAAUAUCCCCAAUCUUUUUAUCAGAGUGAUGCUUCCUUUCGUAAGGCUGACCAAGACCAGUCAAUCCUUUUUAAGUGAAAUAAAAAAUAAGAUGUCCCAGUGAAAGGCAGAAGGAACCUUUUUAUCAGAAUGCCUUGUCUUUUUUGAGGUUCAUUUCUUCUAGGCCAAAGGAAGCGCUCCAUGUAGGAGAGGUGGAAGGAACCAGAAUGACACAGGCUUAAAACUCCAGUGUUAUGUGCCUAGUGAUCAGAGUCUAGUUUAGGACACUGCCUAUCUUGCAUUCUGGUGUACCUAGGAGUUUUGUUAAACAGACAUAUUUGUGUGUAUUUAUUCCUUCAUUUUAUGCAAAUAAUCAAAUCAACCAAAAAAUGAUCAUGAAAUCCUAUAUUUGUCUUUUUACUACAUGUAUGAACUCUCUCAUGUGAAUGAGUACUGUAGUAAUCUAUUUUAAGGGAGCCUUAUUCCAGAAAUACUUCACACUGGUGCAAACAGAGAAGACUUUGUCUUUCCCUUUAAGGCUAAAGACAAGAAUGUCAUGUUAUACAGGUGCAACUCAAACCCUGUCAAUAAAACCAUGUAGAUAAUAGACAUUCUAUCCUUGAAGUAGCUGUGUCCCAACCUGUUGACACUGACAUUUUGGAAAUGGCUUUAGAAAUUUCCGAGUUGUCCUUGAGUUGUUUAACUGUGGACAUCAGCAGUUGUCUCCCUUCUACCAUGUAGAAUCCUUUGACUUAAUUUUCUUCCACAUAUAAGGGGACUGCCUGUUUUUCAAAGUGUUUAUUUACUGCUGUUACUAUUUGACUAGAAUGUAUUAAAUAAAUAAAAAAAAACCCUUGACUUUU